AGACCGUCUGCCUGCCUCCGACCGCGGUCUCGGAGCGAAACCCGAUCUCCUUGGACUUGAAUGAGGAGGAGGCGGCGGCGGCGGCGGAGGCGCUCGGCUGGGGGAAGCCAGCAGCAGAGGCUCAGCGCCGGCGGCAGCGCGCGCCCCGGCUGCCAGCCCAUUUCCCGGACGCCACCCACGGGCACUGCCGACGCCCCGGGGGCUGCGGAGGGGCAGCCGGGGGGCGCGGGGGAGCGCGGCCCCGAGCACUGAGUCCCGCGGCGCCCCGGGAACUUGGCGGCGCCCCGAGCCCGGCGAGCCGGGGCGCGCCUUCCCCGCCGCGCGCCUCCUGCAUGCGGGGCCCGAGCGCCGGGCGCCGGCCGGAGCCCCCCCGGCCGCCCCCGAGCCCCCUGCGCUCCGCGCCGCGCCGCCGCGCCGUCCAUGCACCGCUUAAUGGGGGUCAACAGCACCGCCGCCGCCGCCGCCGGGCAGCCCAAUGUCUCCUGCACGUGCAACUGCAAACGCUCUUUGUUCCAGAGCAUGGAGAUCACGGAGCUGGAGUUCGUGGAAAUCACCAUCAUCGUGGUGGUGGUGAUGGUGAUGGUGGUGGUGAUCACGUGCCUGCUGAGCCACUACAAGCUGUCCGCUCGCUCCUUCCUCGGCCGGCACAGCCAGGGCAGGCGGAGGGAAGACGCGCUGUCCUCGGAAGGAUGCCUCUGGCCCUCGGAGAGCACGGUGUCGGGCAGUGGAGUCCCAGAGCCGCAGGUCUACGCCCCGCCCCGGCCCGCCGACCGCCUGGCGGUGCCCCCCUUCGCCCAGCGGGACCGCUUCCACCGCUUCCAGCCCACCUACCCGUACCUGCAGCACGAGAUCGACCUGCCGCCCACCAUCUCGCUGUCGGACGGCGAGGAGCCGCCGCCCUACCAGGGGCCCUGCACGCUCCAGCUGCGGGACCCCGAGCAGCAGCUGGAGCUGAACCGCGAGUCGGUGCGCGCGCCCCCGAACAGAACCAUCUUCGACAGCGACCUGAUGGACAGCGCCAUGCUGGGCGGCCCCUGUCCCCCCAGCAGUAACUCGGGCAUCAGCGCCACGUGCUACGGGGGCGGCGGGCGCAUGGAGGGCCCGCCCCCCACCUACAGCGAGGUCAUCGGGCACUACCCCGGCGCCUCCACCUUCCAGCACCAGCAGACCAGCGGGCCGCCCUCCUUGCUGGAGGGGACCCGGCUGCACCCCGCACACAUCGCCCCGCUGGAGAGCACGGCGGCCUGGGGCAAAGAGAAGGAUAAACAGAAGGGCCACCCCCUCUAGGAGUCCCGGGGCGGGGGGCCAGGCCGGGGCAGCAGUAGUGAAACAGCAAAACACUCCGCACUUCUUGAAAGAAAAGAGAGAGGAGGACGGCGACACACAGAAAAUUUGAAGUAACCAUCCUCUCCCACCUCUCUGUGUAUAAAUAUUUACAUGUUCUGUCUGGUCUGAAUGCACAAGCUAAGAAAGCUUGCAAAACAAAACAAAAAAACGAAAAGAAAAAAACAAAAAAAACAAACCCAUGUUUCUUUGUUGAGCUGUGUCUUGAAGGCAAAAGAGAAAAAAAAAAACUACACUAGUCCUGUUUCUAGUUGAGCUGCGUGCGUGAAUGCUUACUUUCUUUUGUUUGUUUAUGAUUUCACUUAACUUUAAAGACAUAUUUGCACAAAAACCUUUGUUUAAAGAUCUGCAAUAUUAUAUAUAUAAAUAUAUAUAAAAUAAGAGAAACUGUAUGUGCAAGGGCAGGAGUAUUUUUGUAUUAGAAGAGGCCUAUUACAAAAAAAAAAAAAGUUGUUUUCUGAACUAGAAGAGAAAAAAAAUGGCAAUUUUUGAGUGCCAACUCAGAAAGUGUGUAUUACCUUGUAAAGAAAAAAAAAAAAAACUACAAAGCAGGGGUUUAGAGUUAUUUAUAUAAAUGUUGAGCUUUUGCACUAUUUUUUAAUAUAAAUAUGUCAGUGCUUGUUUGAUGGAAACUUCUAUCACCGUCUGUCGAGACCUUUAAGGGAGAAAUGUUGGAAGUUCGUGGCCGGUGUCCGGCAGAGGGUGGGCCCCACGCUGCUGGAGAGAGGCCCCGGUGGGCUCCUUUCCUGCUAGGGAUGGGUUCGUACCUGUUACACGCUCCCGCCCCAAGGAGAUGCAUUGUUCCCCCCUCUGGGCCAGGACAGCUUCUGGAUCGCAAAUGAAAUAGGAAAGGUAACCGAAAGGCACCGAAUUCCAGGAGCUGGGCUUUCUGCUCUUCCCGAGAUAAAGAUAAACUGUUGCUGAAGGAACCUUAGUUUUUCCUCUCUCUUUAAACCAUGAAGGUCCCCGUAGGAGGGGGCUGACGAAGGUGCUUUUCGCACCCUGCCCGUUGUGCCAGGGCCAUGCCGGAGGAGGCGGCUGGGUGGCUUGUGUGCCCAGGAUACUUGGUGAUUGGCUGGUCCCAGGCGCUCUCGGCUGCGGUGGGUGCAGCCCGCUGGCGUAGAGGAAAGGCCCAGAGGACCGUAGGAACGUGCCCUCAUCCCCAUCUCUUCUCUGUGUGUAUCGAGUCUCCUGUAACAGGCCCACCAUCAGAAGACCAGAGCUGAAAAAGCGCACCCGCCCGGGUUUCUCCCAGGACGUCGCGAGAGGGUUAAAACGGGAAAGGCAGUCAAGCCAAUGCAAAAGCUUUAGACAGAGAAGCAGAAUUCCUUCCCUCCUCCUUUUCUGCAUUUUCACUCCCAUCCCCGUGAAAACCAUGUAGCUGUGUUUCUCUAAGCAUCUUGAUCAGACCCAACUCUUGUUUGCCAAGAUUUUCCAGAGUAGCUUUCAGCGGGACCUCUUGCUGCUGGCGCGCAGGGGGGCGCCCGUGUGUGCCAGUAGAGCUGGCAGCGGAGAAGGUGGAGCCGGGGGUCCCUAGGGUUCUACCAGGGGCUGGAGGUCCUUCCUGGCACAGAGGUCCGGCUGGUAUUCCAUGGGGGGAUGCCUCUGGCAGAAUUCGGACUGGCAGGUUAAUGCAAGAGAGAGAAGUGAGAGGCAAUAACUCGUUUUUAAGCAACUUUUUUUAUUACUUGAAAAACAAAAACUCGAGAACAGUUUUGAAGUUCUGACCGUUUGAACUCUAUUUCUGUAUGUACCUUUUAAGACCAUGAUGACCCGUAGGUGACCGAGGGGUCUGAGUGCCCGCUCAUCAGCUGGCACCACGUUCUGCUACCUUGGCCACAAAGCCUGCCUCCCCGUGGGGUCGUCAGCCUAACCUUGGCUUCUCUCUCGAAGAUUCUUUGAAAGGUCGUGCAGAGAAAUCCAGAGAGUUUGUCCUGAAAGGUACAGGGACACAUUUCUAGAUGAAACAUUUUUUUAAAGAAAUGUCCUUUCCUUUAUGUAAAGCGUCUCCCUAGUGCCUUACUGAGAGAGCAGCCGACUCCUUUUGUCCCCAGGCAGUGGCGUUCCUGGGCAGCGAGUGCCCCGCUCACCCGGGACUGGCCUUCCCGCUCGUGGGGGACAGAGGGCCACUGCCUCUUUAAAAGCAUCCUCGUCGCCUUCCCUCCACCUCGGACGUGCCCCCUCGGUCAGGCCGCCCCUCCUGCCCCUCCAGCCUCUGGUCAAGUACUCGUUGAACUCCCACGUGGGUCGAAAACCUAGAUGUGGCCCUUGUUUGUGUGCAUAGCCUCAGCCGAGAGCCAGGCCGAAGUGUCCCCGAGGUCCUCUUGAGCCAAACCUUGAAUCUCGUUGCUUGGCGAUGUGCCCUGCGUUUGCCGUGUGGGCAGUGAAUUAGAAGGAAGCAGGAGAGGGGGUUAUUGCCCUCAGCUGGCUUGAGGACAGAGCACCCCCCUCGUCCCCCAGUGUUGCAGUCCAGGCCUCCACUGGGCUCCGGGCUCCGCGGAUGACCGUGGCAGAAGUUCAUGGCAGAGCGGCUUGUCAAAGUCAGGGCACCUCCCAGGAAAACCACGGGUGUGUUUGUGCAAAGUUCUCGUCGCUGCUGGACCCAGAGCCCUGGGGACGCACGCCUUCCUCUAGAUGUUGGCUGUUGUGCCUUUGAAAAGCCUUUGAGCACCCCUUGGGAGGCCCCCCUUUUCCGGUGGGAAGUUAGGGGGGUCCUCGGCAGUGGCUGGUUGGAGGGGGACCAGGCUGGGCUCGGAGAAGGUGGCAGGCAGAGCUCGGCUUUCUCCAAUCCUCUCGUUUCCCUGCUUGUCAAUCAUCACAUUUCCUCCGGCGGAAAACCAUUUCCCCCCCAAGCCCAGGUCUACGCAGACGGACUUGGCUCAGGUGCACAAGAGCUGUGCACGGUCCAGUGUUUUGCCAGGAGCUGAGAGCAACUCCUGUCCCCACGUCUAGCGAGCCCCGGGGCAGGGACUGCAUCGGUCCCCCGUCCUUGUCUGUCUUCUCUGUGAAUUGUACGUUUCAGAGAAUUACUGUUGUUUUCCUACGUGCAACACCAAGCUUCCAGAUCCAUAAAACCUCCUGAUGAUAAAGGAAAGAAGAUGUUUCGUUGGGUUUGGUUUUCCGGAAACUGCGCUUCAAAUGUUGCUGUACUAUAUAGAGCUCAGAAGGACACGCUGCAUCCUCGUUCGCCUGCCUGAUUCCACGGUGGUUGUGCUGAUGGCGACGCUUUGACGUUGCUCCCCUGGCCUUGGAACCGCUCCUCUUUGCAGCCCUGUUUCCCCAGUUCUGUUCAAGUUCCACGUAUGUAAACUCUCUGUGGCACGCUGGGUGCGGCGCCCACGUUGCUGCUGCGCGAGACUCUGUAUUUGGAUGCCAAUCCACAGCCCUGAUGAAAUCGCUUGUUGUGUAUCAGUAAUCAUUAGUGGCAAUGAUGACAUUCUGAAAAGCUGCAAUACUUAUACAAUAAAUUUUACAAUUCUUUGGAA